GCUGUGAGAUUCCGGGAUUAUCCAUUGAGUAAGAUCCAGAACAUGUACAAGGAAGAUUUCAGGAGCAUGAUUGCAGAGAAUAGGAACAGCAGUGACUCCUCCGCCUUCGCUCACACCAACACCACGAGUGCCAUCCUGAUUACUGCCUACUCAGUUGCCUUUGCUGGCGGUGGGAUCGGGUCCAUCACGAUGUCAUUCGUGCUGGUCAAGAUGAACACUCUGUCUGUGACCACUACAGCCAUCAUUAACCUGGUCAUUGUGCACAGCCUCCUCCUCUUCACAGUGCCCUUCCGCCUGCACUACUACGUCAACAAGAAGUGGGUAUUCAAGAUAACCUUUUGCAAAAUAGUGAGUGCAAUGGUGCACAUCCACAUGUACCUGACCUUCCUCUUCUAUGUGGUCACGCUGGUGAUCCGGUGGCUCAUCUUCUUCCAAUGGAAGGACAAGGUGGAGUUUUACAGGAAGCUUCACGCCAUUGCAGCAAGCGCUGCCGUGUGGGUCUGCGUCAUGGUUUUUGUAGUGCCGGUCUUGUGCUUUGAGUAUGGACGCUCAGGCUCGUACAAUGAUACAACAUGCUUUAAGUUCCACAGAGAACUACAGCAGGAGAGCGUGAAAGCCCUGAACUACACCAUCAUUGUAGCUGUCGCUUGCAUUACUUGUGUCCUCUUGGGCUUGCAGAUUUUCAUCCUGGUGAAAGUGUCAAGAAGACUUUCCACGUCCCUUUGGUCACAUCAGGAGUUCUGGGCCCAAGUGAAAAACUUGAUCUUCAUCUGCGUCAUCAUCAUUUGCUUCCUUCCCUAUCACCUCUUCAGGGCCUACUACAUACAGCACAUGAGUGAUCUUGACCAGUUAGAAAGCUACAACGAAGUGUUUCUGAGCCUGACUGCCCUCAGCUGCCUCGACCUGCUCUUCUUCGUGCUGAGUGGAAGCCGCCUCUUCAAGCAAAAGGUGGCCAUGCUCCGCAGCAGGUUGUCUUGCUGCUAG